UUGGCUACGAAAGAGUGUUAACCAACAAUGAAUGGUCUAUCUGUUCUUCAAACAAGAAAGAACAAAAAUGGCGGCAACUGUGAUUUGGUUAACUUGUUUUUUUUUAUUUGUUUUCUUGUUGCCAAGAUUUGUAAAAAGUGCGAAAUUGAAUACACCUAAGGUGCUCUUGCCUUAUUACAGUACAGUUAUAUCUAACUUUACUCUAGAAGUUGAAUUUUCACCUGAAGAAUUGGAGAUUCCAAAUUGUUACAAAUGGAGAACAACGCGUGCUGAAGUUGCACAAGUAACAUUAAUUAAUAGUACAGAUGGAGAAUGUGCAGUGGCAGCCCAGGUAUCUGCAAUAUCUAAAGCUUUGCAUCAGAUGACUACUGUAGUUUUAGCUGAAAAUUCUGUAACAGGAGAUAUAUUACGGUGUGAUGUAAUAGUAAGUAAGAUAGCUAGAUUAGAAGUUGAAACAACCACCAGGGUUUUAUAUCUAGAAGAUUCACCUGAUGAACUAAUUGCCAAGGGCUAUGAUUCUGAUGGUAACUGUUUUACAAGUCUUGAUGGAUUUGCAUUUGAGUGGAGUCUAGUUUCUGAUACUGACAUUGGACAUGCUGUUGUUGAUGCUCAUAACAUUCUUAGGAUAAAGAGGUACAAAGAUUCCCAUUAUACAACACCUGAUCAAAUAGCCCCAUUAGAAGAGAAAGGUUUACAAGGGUAUAGUAUACUAGUAGAAGGCAUUAGAACUGGCAGUGCAAAAGUUUCUACCAGAUUACGGGACCCAGUUUAUAAGCAUUUGCUGCCAUUAGAUAUACGUAUAAUGGUUAUAGCUAAUUUGAUGUUAAAUCCAGCUGAUGUAUAUGUUUUGCUGUUUAGUGAAGUUCAAUAUAAAGUAGAAUUACUGAAACAUAACAAAGUGUCAGAGAUAACUAUGCCAUCAUUGCAAUAUUAUAUAGAAGUUAAGGAUAGAGACAUCUGUACACUAGAAACAUCCAGAUCUGUUGCAACAGCAUUAAACAUUGGUUCUACAGAAGUUGUACUAAAAGAUAAAAAUAUUGUUGUAACAGAAUUUUUUCGACAACCAUCAGCUUUAUUUCAUGUUGUCAACCCUAGCUAUUUAGCAUUUGUAGUAUUACCAAACAUGAAAUGGGUUUUAGAAUCAAAUAGAGAAUAUGAUAUAUUGAUUGAAGUAUAUGAUACAGAUAGUCACAAGAUAUUUUCAUCUGACAAUGUUCGUAUAGAAGCCAUGUUUCCAACUGCCUAUUUCAAAGUUUUGUUUUCCAGUAAGAAUGGAACUUAUCAUAGAGUGCAAACAUUACUUAAAGGAAGAACAGAGAUAGAUGGAGUAUUGAUAUCAGUUAUCAAAAGUGAUGGUUUACCGCAUAAAAUAAGCCAGGAAGUGAAAGGUAGUCAAGAAGUGGAUAUUUAUGAUCCAAUUAUUGUGGAACCAUCCAUGUUGUAUUUUCCUUGGGAUCCUGUCACACAGGCUAAACAUAACUAUUUGCUAAAGGCUAGAGGAGGGAGUGGAGACUAUACAUGGAUUUCAGCAGAUUUCGAUGUGACCACUGUGAACAUAAAAGGGCAGAUAACUACUUAUGGAAUGGGAAGGGCAAACAUUACAGCAGCUGACGCAAGAAAUACAGCUCACACUGGGACAGCAACAAUUCACGUUUUACCACCUAAUGAUAUGAUGUUUUUGCCAACACCUGUAGAAGCUGUUGUUGGAACAAUAUUAGAACUUCCAUUGGAAAUAAACACUGUAUAUAAUGGUAAAAAAGUGAGUUUUACAGAUUGCCAUUUGUUGAACUUGACAAUAACCUUCAGUGAUGUAACAGUUUUUUCCAAGAUUAACAGUCUAUCUAAAUUUGCUAAAGGCUGCAUGUCAAUCAAUGUAAAGGCCUUACAUCAAGGACACACAGAAGUAACAGCGAUUUAUGAAUAUGAUAAAAUUCAACUCACAGCUUCUGUAACUAUUGCUGCAUUUAACCCUUUGCACCCUGUUGAUCCCAAAGUAGAAACUGUUGUGUCUGUAUCUUCAUCUAAAGAUGUCAUUUUCAAUGGUGGACCCCAACCUUGGAUCUUGGAUUCCUCCAAAUAUUUUCAAGAAUUAUCUGCAGCAAGAGGAUCCCUGUUAGAAAUGAAGCAGAAGACUGUAAGAGGUAGUCUUCAUGUAUUUAUUGUUCUGUGUGUAGAAUUAGGAGAACAGGAAUUAACAUUAAAAGUUGGAAAUGAUAAAACAGCUAGAAAUCAAUUCCCUGCUACACAAGUGACUGCAAUUAGAUUUAUUUGUGCAAGACCUGUCGAGUUAUAUCUUCAGCCAAUCUUAAAUUUUGACCAUGGAUUACCUCCCUGUCCCGUAACAAGAGAAACACAACUACCUAUCCCUGUUCAUUGUAAAAAAGACUUGGAUGUUAAAGCAAUAGUUACAGACAGUAGUGGUCGUAAAUUUGAUAACUUCUCUUCACUAGCUAUAGAAUGGAAAGUAACAGAGAAUGGACUAGUUACAAUAAGAGAUGUUAAUCAAUUAACUAUUGAUAUACAGCAAGAUACCGAUGGAAAAAACUUUGUGACAGCGUAUCAAACGAUACAUCCUAAUGGACAAACAGGUAGUGUGAUCUUAACAGCGACCAUUACAAAUUAUAAUCAACGAUAUUUAAAGAUUGCCUGUUCUUCAAUAUCAGGCACUAUACAGCCUACCAUCAGUAAAUCGAUAGAAUUAUUGCUGCGAGAAGAAGCUGUAAUACAACCCAAUAGAGUUUCUGUAUUCAAUCAUCCAUCUAACAAGGUAACAAUAGAGGUACAAAAAGGUUCAGGUUAUUUCUAUUUAGAUGAGAGAGAAACAGAUGCUAUGACAGUUAAAUAUGAUGUGAAACAGAAGGCUAUAUUAGUGAAUCCAUUAAAUGAUGGGUCUAGCUGUUUAACAGUCUUUGAUCUAUGUUUGAAUGUACAACAUCAUCCAUCAGUUACUAUACAGGUAUCAGGUGUAGGAGGUGUAGAUGUUAUUAUGUUGGAUAAGGUAGAAGUUGGUAAAGAAUUGAUAGCUAAAGUACAAGUUUUAGAUGUAAAUGGUAAUCCUCUAUUGUCUAGUUUCUUUUCCUUAAUGGGAUUAAAACUAGAAGCCGGUACAGGUAUUUUAACCAUAAGGCCAAGUUCCAGUUAUUUUGAUGAUAAAGUAACCGCUUAUUAUACAGUUUAUGGAGCUUAUGUAGGGCAUACAAAUAUGCGAGCAUCAGUAAAGCUACCGAAUGGACAAGUUAUAUACAGCUCGCCUAAACCAGUAGAGGUUUUUUCUCCUUUGAAAUUAGAUCCUCAGAACAUCACACUGGUAGUGGGAUCCACAUUCCAGGUUCUGGCACAAGGUGGUCCUCAACCCCAGAGUUAUGUAGAAUUUUCUGUAGUACAUGAUAAGAUAUCUACAGUAACUGGAGGCGGUUUGUUAAUGGCUCUAGAAGUUGGUACAGCACAAGUUAUAGGUAAAGCUAUUGGUACACAUUCUUCAACAGGAGAAAAUAUUAUCUAUUCGCAGGCUAAAGCUAUUGUAAAUGUUGUUGUAUUAACUGGAAUUAAGAUAUAUUCUCCACUAACUAGAAUACAGACAGGUACUAAGAUGCCAGUCUAUGCUAUUGGUUUAACAGAACAAGAAACACCAUUUACAUUUGGUAGUGCCAUAUUACCUCUUAUCUUUACAUGGUCUUAUAAUAGUAGAGAGCCUAUAGUAUUACAUACAAUAUAUGAACAGAAUGGAAUCAAGUUGUCAGAGGAGAGUAAAUUUGCUAUGCAACUGACCGCUGUGGAAGCUGGUCAUGUUACCCUCAAGCUACAAGUUACAUCUCAAAAAGGCAGCAGGUUUCAAAUUAGAAAUAACAUCAUCUUGAAGGAUGAACUUCAAAUACAGGUUUUUGAGAAAUUAUCUGUUAUUAGUCCAACUGUAUGUGGAGGUCAACUGUUGAUGACGCCUAACACAGAAACUAUUGUUAAAACUAACAGAAUAGGAUAAUUAUUAAGGAUAUUUAACAUCUACAUGAGUAAGGAAAUUUAGGUAUCCAGACAACUCGAACCAAGACCACUCAGACCAAUACAAAGACCACUCGAACCAACCCAAAAGACCACUCAGACCAAUAUUUAGCUUUGCUACUCGGACUAACCCAAAGGACCACAAGGAC